GUUUAUCAUCAAAUUUGUCAUCCAAAUUCCAAAUUAGAGCAAUCAAAAUAAAAGAAUUAAUUGUAUGUUUAAAUUUCUUCUUAAAAUACAUUAAAUUAAUGCUGAGAAACUGCUCCAACUAGAAGUCCUGUACCAUGAUAUAAAGAUCAUCAAGUUCCGGCUUUAUAGAAUUCCAAAUCGUCCAAAAUGACGAGCAUACGAAAGAAACAAAUCGAUGCUCUGAAGCAGAUGCUCAAUUUGAACGAACCCAUUUCCAAUCUAUCCGGCGAAACAGUAUGGAAAGUUUUGGUGUACGAUCGUUUCGGUCAAGAUAUUAUUUCACCGUUGAUAUCUAUCAAAGAACUGAGAGAAUUAGGAGUUACAUUACACGUACAAUUGCAUUCCAACCGAGAUCCAAUUCCGGAUGCUCCAGCUAUAUACUUCUGUAUGCCAUCUGAAGAGAAUUUGGGUAGAAUAUCUCAGGAUUUUUUGAACGGAUUAUACGACUUUUACCAUUUAAAUUUCAUUACUGCUGUAUCGAGACAAAAACUGGAAGAUUUAGCAUUAGCUGCUCUGGAAGCGAAUGUCGUAAUGAAUAUAUCAAAGGUUUUCGAUCAAUAUUUGAAUUUUAUCUCGUUAGAAGAUGAUUUGUUCAUUUUACGACAUCAGAAUAUCGAAGCAAUUUCAUAUUUUGCUAUGAAUAAAGGAAAUAUUAAAGAUUCGGAGAUGGAGAGCAUAAUAGAUAACACCGUUGACGGUUUAUUUUCAGCAUUCGCUACGUUAGGUAUUGUACCAGUUAUUCGUAGUCCACGUGGCAAUGCUGCUGAAAUGGUAGCCGAAAAAUUGGAUAAAAAAUUACGUGAAAAUUUACGAGACACGAGGAAUAGUCUUUUUACUGCUGAGUCCAGUUACAGUUUUCAGCGUCCACUUCUGAUUGUGCUAGAUCGAAAUGUAGAUAUUGCUACGCCUUUGCAUCAUACGUGGACGUAUCAAGCUUUAGCUCACGAUGUUUUGAAUCUUAGCCUGAAUCGAGUUGUUCUUGAUAAUAAAGGAAAGAAAAAAGUUUGCGAUCUUGAUAACAAUGAUACCUUUUGGAUGACCCAUAAAGGAAGUCCGUUUCCUACUGUUGCCGAAGCCAUUCAAGAAGAACUCGAGCAGCUUAGAACAUCCGAAGAAGAAGUAAAGAAACUGAAAGCUUCUAUGGGUUUGGAUAAUGAAAGCGAUAUAGUUUUUUCCAUGAUGUCUGAUAAUACGGCGAAGUUGACUUCGGCUGUGAAUUCCUUACCUCAACUCUUGGAAAGGAAAAGACUCAUCGAUAUGCAUACUUCAAUCGCUACCGAAAUUCUAGAUGCGAUUAAAUCUCGUAGGCUUGAUACGCUAUUCGAAGUCGAAGAAAAGGUCAUGUCUAAGACGUCGUUAGAUCGAAGUCUAAGCGAAUUAAUCGAUGAUCCGGAAUUCGGAACCGAUGAAGAUAAAUUGCGAUUGUUUUUAAUUUAUUACAUAUGCGCAGCUAAUUUAUCUAAUAGCGAAAUUGAUAAAAUUCACGGAGUCUUGGAAAAGGCUGGUUGCGAUAUAAAUCCCAUAAAUUACAUCAAACGAUGGAAAAUGUAUGCCAAUAUGACCACGUCAUCGAAUCAAAUAGCUGUAGGUGGUGGUACCAAAACCAUCGGAAUGUUUUCGAAAUUACUUUCGCAAGGGUCAUCUUUCGUAAUGGAAGGUGUGAAGAAUUUGGUGGUUAAACGACACAACCUUCCGGUGACCAGAAUAGUUGAUGAUUUCCUUGAAGGAAGAGAACCUACUACACCUGAUGGUGAUUACAGAUAUUUUGAUCCAAAACAAAUUAAAGUUACUGACGUUACACGAUCUAAAACUCCUUUCUAUGAAGCUAUAGUAUUCGUAGUAGGCGGUGGAAAUUAUAUCGAAUAUCAGAAUUUAGUGGAUUAUUGCAAAACUAAAUGGGGUGGUGCUGCUGCUGUGAAUGCAGGACGUAAGGUUGUUUAUGGUACUUCGGUUUUAAUGAAUGCCAAACAAUUCCUAAGAGAGCUUUCGUUGCUUGGUCAAGAAGUGAGCUGAAUACAUAUUUCAACAGAGAUAUUGAAUUUAAUCUGUAUUUUAUUUCCAUUGUUAUGUUAUUUCAUUAUGUUAGGAAUUAGCGCAUAAUGUUAUCUAAACGAAGAAAUUAUGAAGUAUCUAAUCUAUGUAGAGAUUUGGUUGUUGGUUAUGUCUUAAAAAUACUUCGUUUAGGUGCACAAAAAAUUAUCAAUUUAUAUCUUGAUGAAUUCUUGGGAAAUGAGAUGAUAAUGUACAUAUUUCGAGAAAUGUUAAGAGAUACCAAUUCAUAGCAAAUGGGUAUCGAGUCGUUAUUUAAAUAAAAGCGUGUUUCGAUUUGAAUUUCUAUGCUCUGUCAGCCAAUAAAAUGACAAAUACUGGCUUGUGGAACCCUAAGAACAUUCAGAUGGCCAUUUUCAACUCCUAAUACUAAAUAUGUAAAUCAUUGUCUGAAAAUAAUAUGUGCUGUGUACAAAAGGACUCGCAUGAAUAAAGUUUUGUAUCGUU